AUUUCCAACACUGACCAGCAGGUGUUUAUCGAUACAAGGCGUUCGUGUACGUCUUUACUUCGGAUUCAUUUUGUUUGUAAGCAAGUUAUGGUGAUUUGCGGGAAUAUUUUGGCCAGAGACAACUACGAACACUUUGUUCUAACGUGUGCUCACAAAAAUGAUUGCUUGGUGGAGAUGGAAUUUGAGCGGUGGCGGGAGUUUAUUGUGCACAUCAAGGAGCACCUGGUAUCGCAUACGAAAAUUAAGGAGGAGUUUAUUGAUGCUGGAACCAUUACUUCCGACGAAAGUGAAUGCGACCCUUCGAUGACAAAGGUAUUCAUAAUGGGUGAGCCACCGGAAGAUUGCCUAGCUGAAGACAUGUUCGUGGAUCUGCCAGUUUCAUCCGAGGACGAAAGCUUAAGCGAGGAAAGGGACGAGGUCGAUUGCGCUUCUUUAGAAGUGGUUUGCGACCGGGGCACUAGUUCAACCAACUUCGCUCCCCAAUCAAAAUUCAACCCUACGUUUUACAGGCGAAGUCCCCGGAUUACGCAGUUCAUCGAGCUAUACAAGCAGCAGAGGUGCCUUUGGGAUCCGGCGGAUGAGUCGUACAAGGACAAGGAGAAACGCGCAGCAGCCUACGAAGAGUUACUAGAUCAAUUAAAGGCCACCGUGAACCUCCAACUUACAGCCUACACGCUCAAGAAGUGCAUCACAAGUCUGCACACACAGUAUGCUGCAAUUUCGAGGCAAAAGAAAACCCAGAAACUGACCAAAGUUCCACUAUAUUACCAUGCCAAAUAUGGCUUUUUGGCAGAACGUGAAAGUCUAGAGGACGUGGACAGCGACGAGGAGGAAGGUGAUAGCAAGAUAAAGUUGGUGUUCACGGAGGAAAAUCGACUAACCACUCUGUUCAUCGAACUGUACUCAAAAUUCCCCCAUCUUUAUGAUCCGACGCACAAACACUUCUCGAAUCUGGGUGAACGAAAGUCAUCGUUAAUAGAGAUCACAGAUAUGCUAACUGGUGAAUUUUCUCUGGGUCUGAUCACCCACUACGAUGUGUACGAUUGUAUUCAAAGCAUGCGCCAUUGGUAUUCGCGACGGAUUAAGACCCUCACUGACGUGCAGUCAGUAGGUCUCUCGCUGGCCGAAAAACGGUACAUUGAGCGGUGCAAGAGCUUUAUGCCUACCAAAACAUUUCGUCAAAAACUUAAAUGUGAAUUUUGUGAGCAUGCGUACAGCACAGAUCACGCCCUACAAGCCCACCAGUUCCGGGAUCACAAGAUGGGUGAGGGAGGUUGGUUUAGGUGUACUCUGUGCGAGCUAAACUUCGACCGAAGGUGUCACUUGCAGCAACACAUCCAGCGGGUUCACAUGAGCAAGACAUUCAUCUGUGACAUCUGUAGUCGGAGCUUUGCUUUCGGCAGCCAGCUCGCCGUCCACAAGCGCACCCACGACGAGAAACACGUCGCCAAGCCGUUUGUAUGUGAGUUCUGCGGCAAAUCAUUCAAGCAGAAAAUUCAGAUGACAACUCAUGUGACUGCAGUGCACACCAAGAUCCGGGCCUUCAAGUGCGACAUGUGCACCAAGGACUUUCUGACAAAACGCGACCUCAAGGAUCACGUUAAGGCGCACCUGAACAUUCGUGACAAGGUCUGCGAGGUCUGCGAAAAAGCCUUUACCAAUGCCAACGCUCUCGUUAAACACCGCCACAUCCAUAAAGAGAAGACGCUGCAGUGUCCCCUAUGCACCACGCGCUUCUCGGAGCGGGUUAGUCUGGGCGUCCACAUGCGGCGCACCCACAAGAUCAUCAAAAACACUCUGAAGGUGGCGGUGCCUUCGAGCGAAGCCCUCUUUGCAGAAGCAUUCCCUCAACCUCAAGACAUUUCCAACAAAUAAAAGAUAUUUACAUAUAUGAAUUAUAGCUUUUAAUAUUUAGAAUUUAUGAUGAUGAUUAAUAAUAUUUUUAUAUUCAGAUAUAAAACCUGCCUUUAUUUACUAAGUUCAUGUAUUUACAUAUUUAGAAAAAUAAAGUAAUUAAUAAUAAAAUCAUAAAA